UUUAUUUCUUAUUUUCUACACUUUUGAAGUUACUCUUAUGCUAUAUUUGUUUUUACAUUUAUUGUAAGUUAUAAAUAUUUAGUUUGAAAGCUGAGAUAAUAAUGAUAUUGCUUCUAAAAUGUUUGUUUUAGGGAUAGAAGCCUUUUAUACUUUAAAAAAGAAAUAAUACUAUAUAAUAUACUAACAAUAGUUAGAAAUGUCUAAAGAAAAUUCUCCAUACAUCCAAGUUGAAAGAACUCUUGUCAUUAUCAAACCUGAUAUUAUUCAUCAUGUAAAUCAAAUUGAAGAAUUUAUUCUACAAAAAGGAUUUUUUAUUAUACAGAAACGACGUGUUCAUUUAACACCAGAACAAGCUAGUGAAUUUUAUGCUGAACACUAUGGAAAAAUAUUUUAUCCAACAUUAAUUGCUUAUAUUAGCAGUGGGCCAAUACAAGUGUUAGUCAUAGCUAAAGAAAAUGCCAUAUCUUUUUGGCGUGAAUUAAUCGGUCCACAGAACGCACUGAAAGCUAAGGCUGUUGCACCUGAAAGUUUAAGAGCCAUUUAUGGUACAGAUGACCAACAAAAUGGAAUACACGGAAGUGAUUCAUUUACAAGUGCUGAAAGAGAAAUACGAUUCUUCUUUCCAGACACGGUUGUUGAACCAAUCCCUGUACGACUCGCAGCCAAAGAUUAUCUAGCCAGAAAUGUAAAUCCAACAUUACUCAGAGGUUUAACCGAAUUGUGUAAACAAAAACCAAAAGACCCAGUGUUGUGGUUAGCCGACUGGUUAUUGGAAAAUAAUCCAAACAAACCACGUCUAAGCGAUAAAUCGACAGUUUAUCAACAUUUGUAACCAAUACAUUCAAUGUUGGAAGUUGUCAUUAUAAAAAAAGAGUUCUUCUACGGACCAAUCACUAGUUUCAAAGAAUGUAUCAAUAAACACUGCAAUUUAAUGUUCCUUAUUCUAAUUUACCUUAAAUGAAGAGCCUGAAAGAGAUAUUCUCAUAAAUAUUCCAACUUUUCCUGAAAUGGAAGAGAGGGUGCAAAAUUUUAG